CUGGAACUUAAUAGAUGGCUGUGGCAGCUGCAUCUAGCCGCAUCAACUGCGGAGCUACUGGCUCCCGGAAGUCCGCAACAGGAUGAUUUGCAAGCUUCAAAGUGCUGGCUUCCAGGACAACAAAACCGUUGAUCUUCAGAGGGAUAGGAUGGUCCAUCCUGUCCAGCAGUGGGAUGAAAGGUCUGUCGUCAUCGUGCCGGUGAAUUGGCGCAGCAUUGCCCGCAAAGACUAUCGGAAACUCAUGGCGAGAUUGAUCACGAAGAAUGGAUCAGCGAAAAAGCAAGCGACCGAAGAUUGGCAUGGCUUAUGCAAGGGUGACAGAUACCAGUGCCCAGGUCUUUACGAUCCGGGUCGGAAGCCCGGAGGACGACGGGCAUUCGAUCAUUGUGCCUGCAGACCCCGAAAGGAAAAAAGCAAAAUUUGCAGGAAGGAGGGGGCCGAACGAGAGGCGACAGAAAAACCACACACAAGUCGGACUCAGAUAAGGGUUGGGGUCAAUGACCGAUACGGUUCGGAGUCGGAAAACGUCAUGCAAGCAAGAACGACUGAAUCAUCCGAGGGAAGAAAGCGAAGGGGGAAACAAAACAAGAUUCGUGUAACGAGAUAGAAAAGGGCCAGGAUCUCUUCAGCCCCGGACUGAACUGUUCUGUCCAGUCGGGAUCCGAACGAGGGCUUGUGAUCGACGACCAUACGGAGAAGAAACAUGUCAGCAAGUCUCCGAAUGUGAUGCUCGCCUCGAUUAUUCUCCUGCUCCAGCAGAAGUUCGUUUGGUUGAUGAUGCCACGUUGUGAGGAAGGGGGGAUUAGUAGUGGACGGGUUUAUCGGCUCUGAAGGGAAU